AUGAGAUCCAAACCUUCGCAAUAUGCUGUACCUCCCCACCUUGAUGUUGUAACAGCAGCAGAAACCCCGGCAAAAACAGCAGGGACCACUGCAGUACGCGCAGGAGCAAGGGGGGCACCAGCAUCUUCUGCAGCCGGAGCUGCAGACGCAACGCUCGAGUUGACUGCUGUGGGCGGCCAUUUGGCUGUUACCGUCCUCUUGCCUGCAGCAGCAGCAAACAUCACAACAGACGUUGGGCAAUUGGUGGAGGCCCUCGACAGUUUGGGGCUGAACAGCAGCAGCAGCCUGGAAGGGUACGACGUUGAAGGUACAGUAGGAAGGGGAAAGGGGAGCAGCCAAACCCCUACAGCUCCUGCCACAGGCCACGCUCUUGCUUCCACUACUGCCCCUGCUGCGCAGAGGCACGAACUCGCUUAUCGCCUUCACCACCAGCAGCAGAUAUGCGGGGAGCAUGCCUUGCGGCUCUCUCUCUGGAGAGUGCAGAGGCAGCAGCUCCCGCAGCAGUUGCGGGAGGGGCAUCACAUGCAGCGGCAGCAACCUUGUGAGAGGGAGGAGUCGGUGGAGGUAAAAGAGGAAGAAACGAAACCACGAGUGCAGCAGCAACAGCAGCAGUCGCAGCAACUGCCUACAGUACCAGUGGCAGAAGCCGAAACGAGGAAUGCGUCCGUGGGUUGCAGCUCAAUAUCUCCAUCACCCCACUUCCACUUUCUGUUUAAUAUAUAUUUUCUUCUUCCCUGUGCUUUGCCUACCCUUCGCCUCCUCGCCGCCACCUACGGCCCCGCCAACACCCACAGAAAGCGGCCUGCAGCCGUAGCAGCAGCAGCAACAACAGCAGCAUCGGCAGCAUAUGGUGGACAACGACCAGGACCAGCAGCAGGAGCGGCGGGAGCAGCAGUAGCAGCAAAAAGAAACGAAGGUUCAAAAUGCGAUCUGUACUUUUUUCGGUUGUCGAUGCAGUGCGCCGUGAGACCCGGAGAGGUGGCUGCUGCCUUGGAGAAUGAGGAAGAAAAACGCAUCCGCAGAUUAAGUAAAUUCAGAAUCAAAUGCAGGUGCUCUCAAUUGAUUGCAGAGCUUGAGGGCGCCUCCCUGCAGCUGUUGCCUUCUCCCUUGUGGGCAGAAGCCAGUUAUCUUUAUACAUGCGAGGAAUGUCCUUCCCUACCUCCUAACGAGCCCUUCGCUCGCCCUACACGGGGCAGAGGGUUUGUAGACAACGAGAGAAUUAAGCUGUCUUCUGUUGACGUGACAAAUAUAUUGAGGGGCCCUUUUGUCCCCUCCGUUGACAAGAAUGACGCUGCACGCGCUGCAGUUAGCUGCAGCGGCUGCGGCUUGGUGUUGGGGACAGCAAUGGAGCUGGCUUCUGGUGCAGCUGCUGCUUUGGGGUCCCAUUGCUCAGCUGGGGCUCCAUGCAAUGCUAAGGGGUGCAGAGAUAGUCAAGGCACAGCUUGUUUAGAUGUGACAACAAGAGAGAUGAGUUCAGCAGACAUCGCAAGAGAAGAAGCCUCUGGUGCUGCUUCCACGGAGGUGUGGUUGCUGAAGCGGCGGUUGCAGCUACAGGCCUUUGAAGGGGCACACUGGGGAGACGAUUUGCUGCAUAUGCAUUCAGAUUUAUCAUAUUUUGUUAGGGAUUUAAAUCUCUAUAGUAGAGAUGCCGACAUCUUGUGCUUCCUCCUCCUCCCGCUCUCAUCGCCUGCUGCAGCAGAACGCCCAUGGGAAAUAGGGGCGCUGUCCCCCCCGUCUGUAUGCACCCCAGCAGCAGCAAGUGCUUCUGUUGCUACUGAUGCAGAAGCAGCAACUACAGCAACAACCGUCCCUGUAGGGAAACCCUGGGUUUCUCUGUCUGAGCAUGAAAUCGCUCUAGAAGUGAGAAUUCUUUCGAGGGAGUGUUUUAUUGUUAAAGGCUCCCAGAAAGAUAAUGGCAAGAAAGGAUGCAUGGCGAUGAAGGUGUUGCUGCGUCGGUUGACAGGGUCAGAAAUUGAAGCAGAGGCGGCAAGUAGAAACUGCGAAGCGGCGCAUGGUUUCUCAUAUACAGGCAACCGCCGCAGACACCUGGCGCGGUGCAGUGUGCAUCUCUUUUCUGUUAUUUCAAGGUUGUUGCUACAGACCACAGAUGCAGCGGACAGGGAUAUUAAGGCCUUCUUACCUCCCCCUCUCCUUGAAGUGAGACAGUUUAUUGGCAAUUCCGUCGUGGCGUACUUGCCUGUGAUUUAG